UUUUUUUUUAAAAAAAAACAUCAUUAUGAAUGACUUUAUGGAGUACUGCUUAAAAUGGUACUAUCGAUCCUCAAGAUGGAAUGAAGAAAAUCAAUAUGCUAACCUCUGUUCUUGGUCCCAUGCCAUUCUCGACUUUCAAACACCAAGAGGCCUUUCACUUGUCGUCUCUAAACUGCCAACACCUCAAUUCAAACCUUCUUAUACACUAAAUGCUUUACCUAUACUCAAUGGCAGUCUUGGUUAUAUCUAUACAUCGAGGCCAUUGGAUGUGAAGACCAGUGCCACCGUUGAUUUUCAAGAUUUGAUCGAUCGAUUCCGUGUUGUUGCUCAUAGUCCAGAUAAAUUUGAUGGCAAACCCAACGAUUACCGAGCUCAUCCAGAUUAUUUGUUGUAUGGUAGAAUGUUUUUUCCAGGAGCAAGACUGGAAGCCAUGUUUGUACGUCGUUUAUCAGAACACCUUCAAGGCUCCAUUACUGCUGUCAAUAAUCCACGCAUCUAUACCUCACCUCAGGUGGCUAUGCAACUACAAUACGAUGUAGGUAAAUGGAGUUCAGAUUGUUCUUAUACUUCAGAUGAUGGAUUGUUUGGUGUGCGUGCAUUAUAUAAUUUUGGACAACCUGUUUCUUCAGGACAAUGGUCAAUAGGUACUGAAAUAUAUUAUGGUGUGCUUGAUAAAAGUGGAGGAUUAUCUACAGGCAUUCGAUACCGUACAUUACCCACUUCCAAUACUGCACCUAUCAGUGUCACAUAUACCCUUAGCCCCAUUGUGGGCCGCAUGUCAACCAGCUACGUGGCACAAGUCUCUGAUCAACUCGUAAUGUGCUCACGAUUUGACUUUAGCAUUUACUCUUAUGAGAGUGAUUUAGCAUUAGGAUUUGAAUAUCGUACAAAGAGUAAAAAACCUACGCUUGUUGAAACAGAGCCAGAAAAGGGCGUUGUGACAUUAACAGCAGAUCGUACAGAGAAACUAGAAGGCCUGAUUAAGGCGAAAUGGGAAUUCACAAAGGGACUUGCACUGAUGUGGGAAGGAAGAUUCAAGAACGCACUGUUUAGUUUAGGCUUAACAGCAGAUCUGCGUACCACAAAUCCUAUUCGUACCAUUGGUUUAGAAGUACAAUAUUUCUCUUAAAUAAACUCUUUUUAUUUUAUUAUUUUA